AUGAGGCGCAGCUUAGCGCCUAGCCAAAUAGGCGCUGGUGAUGCAGUCUUCAAGAGUCCUUUGCUCGAUUCGGCUAAACGUAAACGGCGCGAAUGUGCAAGAAUCCCUCUGACUCAAAAAUCCGCCUCUCAAGCUAUGUCUGCUUCAGAACACGAGAACCUUAUACGUCAGAUACUGAACAAACCUUUCAAGGUGCCAAUUCCUAAUUAUGUGUCGUCGUAUUGCAGCAAGAGUUUAGGUCUAAAGAGAAGUCAAGUAAGACGUGCACUGCACGAUCCGGAUGAACCGAACGCCCUGGUAUUAUACUGUCCACCUCAUAUUCCCGAACACGAGAAAAUGAAGAUGAGUCCAAAUGACAUAAGAGUUGCAGUUGUAGUAGACCCAGUUCUAGGCAAUAUACUUCGACCUCAUCAGCGCGAAGGCGUAAAGUUUAUGUACGACUGUGUCACUGGAAAGCAAAUAGAAAACGCUUAUGGGUGCAUCAUGGCUGAUGAAAUGGGACUUGGAAAGACACUCCAGUGUAUAACAUUGUUGUGGACUUUAUUAAGACAAGGGCCAGACUGCAAACCCACUAUUUGUAAAGCUAUAAUUGUUUGCCCCAGUAGUUUAGUAAAAAAUUGGUAUAACGAAAUUCAUAAGUGGCUUGCCCAAAGAAUAAAUGCAUUACCCAUGGAUGGAGGCUCCAAAGCAGAAAUUACAUUAAAAUUGCAACAAUUUAUGAACACAUACUCGGCCACACGGGUAGCAACGCCUGUACUGAUAAUUUCAUAUGAAACAUUUAGAAUAUAUUCUAACAUUUUACAUUCAUCAGAGGUGGGACUGGUGCUCUGUGAUGAAGGACACAGAUUAAAAAACAGUGAAAACCAAACAUAUCAGGCUUUAAUGGGUUUAAAAGCUAAGAGAAGGAUUUUAAUAUCUGGUACCCCUAUACAGAAUGACUUAACAGAAUAUUUUAGUCUUGUUCAUUUUGUAAAUGAAGGUAUACUUGGUACCGCACAUGAAUUCAAGAAGAGGUAUGAAAACCCUAUUUUAAAAGGUCAAGAUGCUUUGGCAACACCACAAGAACGAGAAAGAGCUCAGGAAUGUCUGCAAACAUUGACUUCUAUUGUCAACAAGUGCAUGAUAAGAAGGACAAGUAAUUUGCUCACUAAGUACUUACCUGUGAAGUUUGAACAAGUCAUUUGUGUGAAAAUGACUCCCCUUCAGACUCAGAUAUAUAAAAACUUCAUAAACUCAGAUGCAAUCCGUAACAAAUUCUCUGGUACUGGUGAGAAGAACACUCUCAGUGCCUUAUCUAGUAUUACAACUCUGAAAAAGCUAUGCAAUCACCCAGACCUUGUGUACGAUAAAAUUAUAGAAAGAUCUGAAGGUUUUGAGAAAGCCAAGGAUUUGUUGCCAAGCAAUUACGACAUCAAAGAUGUCAAACCAGAGUAUUCUGGCAAACUGAUGAUAUUAGAUUGCAUAUUAGCUAAUCUUAAGACUAAUACAGAUGACAAGAUUGUCCUUGUGUCUAACUACACACAAACACUAGAUCUUUUUGAGAAACUAUGUAGAAAAAGAGUUUACAAUUAUGUUAGAUUAGAUGGCUCUAUGACCAUUAAAAAGAGAGCUAAAGUUGUUGAAAGCUUCAACAGUAAAGACUCUAAAGAGUGGAUCUUCAUGCUUAGUUCCAAAGCUGGAGGCUGUGGACUGAAUCUCAUUGGUGCAAACCGUUUGAUUAUGUUUGACCCUGACUGGAAUCCGGCUAAUGAUGACCAAGCUAUGGCUAGAGUGUGGCGUGAUGGUCAAAAGAAGCCUUGCUAUAUUUAUAGGUUAUUAGCCACAGGUACAAUUGAGGAAAAGAUAUUCCAAAGGCAAGCCCAUAAGAAAGCCUUAAGUGAUACGGUUGUUGAUCAAAACGAGGAGUCUUUACGUCAUUUCACCUCAGAUGACUUGAAAGAUCUGUUCCGUUUAGAAGAAAACACACUCUCAGACACACACAGCAAAUUCAAAUGUAAGAGAUGUGUAAAUAACAUACAAGUGACAGUGCCACCAGAGAAUUCAGAUUGCACUUCAGAUUUAUCAAAUUGGUAUCACUGUGCCGAUAAAAAGAGUUUGGCUGAUAUAGUUUUGAAACAGUGCUGGGACUUGGCAAAGACUAUAUCAUUUGUGUUUCAUCACCGAUCCGCUAAAACUGAAGCUAGGAUUGAAGAUGCAAAAGAAGAAGAUAAGGAGAAUGUCCAACAAAAGAAAAAGAGGAAACUUGAAAUGGAUGAAGACUAUUCUGAACCAGAUGACAGUGCUGAUGAAGAUUAUGAAUAA